AGGUGAUGUAGUGAACAUUCCACACAGGGAGCUCUACCAUCAAGUCAGGGGAAUGCCCACCACCGCUAUCAUCACUAUUACCACUACUUCUGCCACAGCCAUCACAUUCACCUCUACCUCCACCAUCACCAUCACUACUCAAGUUGGAGAAAUACAGGCCAGGGGAAGGGGAUAAAGGGAGGGCAAACAAAGGUAAUUCCAAAGGAACAUGAGCACCAAUAAUGCUUUAAGAGUGUUUUGGAAAUCAAGAGAAUGGAAUAUGAAAACAUCAGCAUUUGAUUCAGAUGAGGAUAUUCUACUUUUACCCAAAAGAAAACGUUUUAGAAAGAAAAAGUCAAGACCAGUGAGACACACCAAACGCCAUGAAGAGGAGCAGGUCUAUGAGCAACGGACCACAUUACCCUGUUCUAUAUGCAAGCACGAAAUUGACCUACCUGGUAUUUUUCUCCAUAAGAAGCAACAUGUAGCUCUGGCCACACUGGGUUUCCAAUGGAUGGGUAGAAAGAAACCACAGCCCUCAGUGAUUGCUGUUCAGAGACAGUUCAUGAUUUCUAAACUAUUGUCAUCUUUUAUGUUGACUGAAAAAACCCUACAGAGCAUUAAUAAUGCUUUUGAGCUGCUUUGGAAAAAACAAAUACCAGCAUACUACAAGAUUUUUGAUAACAUUGACAGGAGUGUCAUACAUUCUCAAAAAAUAUGUCAUCUAUUAAUUAAAGGAGUGGGCAUUUGUGAAGACAGGAAUUCUACAUGGAAAGCUGACAUGAAUGAUAAAUUCACUGUAGUGAGUAAUUUUGGGAAUAAACCUAAUGUGUGUUUUUUUGGUUUGUUCGAUGGACAUCAUGGUGCCUCAGCGGCAGAGCUGACAUCAAUGGAACUCCCAGUUUUACUUCUCCAUCAGCUUUCCAAAUUUGAUCCUUCUUACCAAAUGACAACUGAUGAGCAACAAAUAAUCAAUUCCUUUUACACUGUGUUUAGAGAAGAAUACACAGCAAUAGAAGACCUCUUUUCUGCCAUAAACAAAACAGAAGCAGUGAGGUGUGAGUAUGAGGACAUACACAAAGCCUUUGCAAAAGCAUUUUGGAGAAUGGAUAGGCUUUUAGGUCUUGGAAGAAAAGAAGUGUCCAGGGUUCAAUGGAGUGGCUGCUCUGCAGUUACUUGUAUAUUGGAAGGCAAACCUAAAAGUCCUUAUGCUCAUAAGAAUUGCAAAAGAAAAAAUAACCAUGAUGGGUUGGCAGAGAGCUCCCCUUCCCAGGAGAUGCCAAAAAUAAUUUCUGGAAUAUUACAUGUUGCAAACACUGGUAAUGUGCAAGCAGUCUUAUGCAGAAAUGGGAAAGGUUUUUGCCUAACCAAAGAACAUACUACACGAAACACAAAUGAAAGAAGAAGAAUACUUCAGAAUGGAGCAGUCAUUAGUUCAAAUGAACCAUACGGGCUUGUAGAGGGGCAAGUAAAAACUACACGAGGACUUGGAUUUCAUGGAAAUCUGAAGAUGAAAAAAUCCAUUAUCCCAGCACCUCAAACUAUUUCUGUCCCUAUAGAUGACCUAUGUCAAUUCCUUAUUUUAGCUACUAAUGGACUUUGGGAAGUUUUGGAUAAAGAGGAAGUCACUGCCCUGGCAAUGACAACAUUUCACAUGUAUAAAGAAACAUACUGUCCUAUCAUACCUAACAAAUCUUCACCAACCAAAGGGCCUCUGCUUUUUUCAACCAGUGAACCAAACCUUACUAAAUCACAGAGUAAUAUCCACAUAUUGUUUCAGUAUAAAUCUGUAUCUGAAGUAUGUGUGUCAACUACAAAUUCCAAAGAAAAUUUAUCCGAUUCAAACUAUUCUAAAUACUGCAUUUAUAACCCUGAGAAUGUAGAAACAUUUCCAGCAGAAACGACUCAUCGUAAACCUUGCAGUGAAAAAGUAACUGACAGACCUACUAGUGUAAAUGGUGUGGCAACAAAUGAAAAAGAAUCAGACACUAAGAGUUUCUAUGAAGGCGCAGCUGAGUAUGUUAGCCAUGAACUUGUAAAUGCUGCUUUACUGGCUGGCUCCAGAGACAACAUUACAGUUAUGGUAAUAUUUCUCAAUGGAAGUGAGUAUCAGCUUCUGACAUAAAAAAUAAAGUUCCAAUUAUCCAGAGCACCAAAAUAUAAUACCAUAAAGCAAUUCUUCAAUGAUCCAGAUAUUAGGAUGAUUCAUGAAUACCAUGCACAUAAUUUUAUGAACAUAGUAAAGAAAAUAUAAAAGUGGAUACUAGGUCAUAUAAUAUAAUUUAUAUAUAUUCACUGUUUUAUGCCAAAAAAAAGAAAAAGAGAAAAGCCAAUACUUGCUUUUUAUACCACUUUAUUCCAACCUGAGCACCUCAAUAUAAAACUAAACACUGGUGAACCGUUUUCCUAAUUCUGCAUUAUCGUAAAUGUACAAGUUCUCCUAGCAGUCCAACACUUAAAUAGAUUAAAUCAUCUCUGACACAUGGUAGCUUUCAUAUAAUGAAAAUACCUAAAAUAAUUAGUGCAAUAUACUGAACUGAUCAAAAUAAAAUGAACUUUGGAAAAGAA